GGGGAAGACGUACUGACGACCGCGGGGUCGGCAACUCGGUGGGCGGGCCGAAAGCCCCUGGAUAUGUUUUCCUACAACACCAUGGUUUGUCUCGUGAUGCGCUAUCCAACAUACAUACACUUGGAGUUCACUAAUACUUUAGGGCUUCCGUGCUUUGUUGUUGCUUGAUUGACAAUUUCCCUCGCAGUUUUCCGCAUGAAAAGCACGAGCCGCGAGUCAAACCGGCCCGGUCGCUGACUUUCCCUCUUCGCGUGCCGCCACCGUGCUCAAAGUGGAUCGAACACCGGAAUUCGAUGGAUUUUCGAUGAAGCCGCUCGCAUGCCUGCGGCCGAUCCGCCGCCUCCACGGGGCAAUGGGUCAACAAAAGCCUGAGCACCUCCAUGAUGAGGUGUUCCGAGAAUUUCACGACUUUCCUUCGCUUUCAAGAUGGUUCUCGUUUUGGCCGCACUGCUGGGCUUCGCCCAAUUGCCGAUUGCACACGCUGUCAGCUCGCUGAAGAUUGAGACGACUUCUGGCACGGUACGGGGCGCAGUUGACUCUAUUACACCGAAUGUUGCCCAUUUCCUCGGCGUACCUUUCGCCGAGCAGCCGUUGGGAAAGCGCCGCUGGCUGCCAUCGGUGCCAAAGGCGAAAGAGAACGGAACGAUCGAUGCCUCCAGCUUUGGUCCCGCAUGCCCGCAGUUUGAAGGCAACACAGACAAUGUCUGGUUGACAGACGCCCCUGAGUUCGUCAUCACACCGAGGAACUACACAGGCGAAGACUGUUUGACGGUGAAUGUGUGGGCACCGUGGAAAGAGGAGGGCGAGCAGGGCAACUGCACGGAAGGAGCGUAUGAGGCUAAGGAUGAGAAGUUGCCCGUCAUUGCAUGGAUUCAUGGAGGAUCGUUUCAGACAGGCGCCUCCACUGUACCGUAUCAAGAUCCCAGUCGAUGGAUCCAAAGAAGUGGAAAGCACAUUGUUGUCGGCAUACAGUACCGCCUGGGUAUUUUUGGACAGCCGAAUGCAGCGGGUCUCGCAGAUGACGAGCAGAACCUUGGACUUCUCGACCAGCGUCUGGCGCUCGAAUGGAUCCGCGACAACAUCGCCAAUUUUGGCGGCGACCCAGAACGCAUCACCCUUUGGGGCCAAUCCGCAGGAGCCGUCUCUGUCGACAACUACAACUUCGCUUACCCUGAGGAUCCUAUUGUCUCUGCUCUGAUCAUGAACUCCGGAACCUCCUUCCUCACACUUACCUCUGUGGACCCUCAGCACACCAACUUCACGUUCGUCGCCUCCUCCCUCGGUUGCGGUAAUCUCAAUGCCACCGCUGAGGUUGAGUGCCUCCGCGAUGUUCCUUACCCAGAGAUCAUCUCAUUCCUCAAGGCCCGCUCCGACAACGGCAUAACCCCCGGUCUAACAUUCAACCCCAUCAUCGACAACCGCACCAAGUUCAGCAACUACACCGCGCGCGCCCUCGCCGGAAACUUCACCCGCAAGCCCGCCAUCAUCGGCACCACCGUCGAUGAAGGCAACGUCUUCCUGCCCUACAACCGCACUUACGGUCCUGACAUGGCGAUUGCCGACUCCAUCACCCUGGGCUCUUUCCUCUGCCCAACCGUUCAGACUACGCACGAUAGAUCUGCAGCAAACACGACGACGUUCCGCUAUCUUUAUGGCGGCAACUUUACCAACAUUGCUCCGCAGUGGUGGCAGGGCGCAUAUCACCAAGCCGAUAUGCCUCUCAUCUUUGGUACGCACAACAUCGCGCGCAGUAACUCCACGCCCCUUGAAUUCGCGGUGAGCGAGGCGAUGCAGGACUUCUGGCUCGCCUUUGCUGAGGACCCGGUGAACGGACUGCCAGAGGCUGGGUGGGAGGCGUAUGAGCCCACUGGGGAUGCAGUGUUGUUUGGUUGGGAGGGCAAGGCUGUGCAGCCGAUUAAGGAGGCUGAACUGGAGGCGCCGUGUAAUGGGUUAGUACCGAAUGGGCUGCCUAAACCUCCGACGUUCUAGGAAGACGAUAACGAAGGAUUUAGACGUGGUCAUGGUGUAUUAAAGCAUACCAGUAAUCUAAUGUAGACAGUGGAUUUUCACUCCAAUCCAUUUCCAGCGUACACCUUCCACUAUUCAUUACGAGGAACACCAACGAGCUGACGACUUCAAAGAAGAUCGAGACUCCAUGAAU